AUGAUGAUCCCUUCCCUCGCUCCGAACAUAUUAGCGCUAGAGCUCAUGAGGGUCCCGAUUGAGCAACAACAAUCAUCCCCCUUGAGCGAAUACAGCCGGAAAAUGCGGCUCACCCGCGGUGUCUACGCGCCAGGAAGGGCGCUAGCCCCAAGAACUAUCAGAAGCAAUAUCGCUAGAGUGUCAGUCGGUUCCGCCUUUAUUGAGGGCGGGUGGGCGCCGGGAACUGAUCUGGACCGUCGCCCGCGUGAAAAGCGAGCCGUGCUAAGCCGGCAGCCCAGACACGUCCGCGGACCGGGCAUCAGCGUCGGGCGCUCUUAUACGGUGAAUGGGGGGGAUGAUGCUAUCUUCUCCCUUCCCCCUCCCCUCUUGUCCCCUCCGUUCGGACUGGAGUGCUCCCAACUUGCUUUCCCAGAUCUACCUGCCUGGAAUCGCGUCGAUUGGAGGGAACCAGUCGUGAUGUCACAUGGAGGGGAAAGUCUUGCAUGA